GCUAAGGGGUGGGGUGGGGAGUUGCUCGCAAAGUGUCGGCUUAUCUUCGCGCUUCUCGGGUUCGCGCCGCGGCUGCCGCAGCAGACCUCGCCAUGGGCAACACGAGUAGCGAGCGCGCCGCGCUGGAGCGGCAGGGCGGCCAUAAGACGCCCCGAAGGGACAGCUCGGGGGGCACCAAGGACGGGGACAGGCCCAAGAUCUUGAUGGACAGCCCCGAGGAUGCCGACCUCUUCCACUCAGAAGAGAUCAAGGCUCCCGAGAAGGAGGAAUUCCUGGCCUGGCAGCAUGACCUGGAAGUAAAUGAUAAAGCUCCUGCCCAGGCGCGGCCAACAGUAUUUCGAUGGACUGGCGGCGGGAAGGAAGUUUACUUAUCUGGGUCCUUCAAUAACUGGAGUAAACUUCCCCUCACAAGAAGCCACAAUAACUUUGUAGCCAUCCUGGAUCUGCCCGAAGGAGAGCAUCAGUACAAGUUCUUUGUGGAUGGUCAGUGGACACAUGACCCUUCUGAGCCAAUAGUAACCAGCCAGCUUGGCACAGUUAACAACAUCAUUCAAGUGAAGAAAACUGACUUUGAAGUAUUUGAUGCUUUAAUGGUGGAUUCCCAAAAGUGCUCCGAUGUGUCUGAACUGUCCAGUUCCCCUCCAGGCCCCUACCACCAGGAGCCCUAUGUCUCAAAACCAGAAGAACGGUUUAAAGCGCCUCCCAUCCUCCCUCCACACCUGCUCCAGGUCAUCCUGAACAAGGACACAGGGAUUUCUUGUGAUCCAGCGCUGCUCCCCGAGCCCAACCACGUCAUGUUGAACCACCUCUAUGCGCUCUCCAUCAAGGAUGGCGUGAUGGUGCUCAGCGCGACCCACCGGUACAAGAAAAAGUAUGUCACCACCUUGUUAUAUAAGCCAAUAUGAAGAGCCGGGAGCCGGCGGUGGGCCCCAGGGAACAGUUUGCGCCGCCGGGCUCCUGGAGUGCAUGCUCUCCACCACCGGAGCGGACUGUAAAUUUCUCAUUUCACACUCUGUUUAAGACAUUUCAUACCCGCCCUCGUCCUACUUGAAAGCUUGUUCCAGCGCAGCAGCUCCUGAAGCACUGUGGUUCGUAACGGUCCUCUCAGCGCCCGGUGACCGCAAGCCCCGCAGCUCAGGGUUGAGUCCGGAGCAAGGGAACGCAGGCCUGCAGCGCCAGCGCGGCCCGUGAGGACGGGGGCGGGUCCAAAUUCACGUCCUCUGAACUGCUGGGCAUGGAGAUGUUUCUCAAGCCAAAAAUGAACAGUAGCCAAAUUGCUGGUAAAACUCUGGCAGGCAGGGGCCAAGGGCACACAACUUCUCCAGUCGUGUGUGUUUAGGCCGCCGGCUCGUCCCCGUCGAGGCCGGGCCGUGGAGCUGACAGCCAGUACAGUGUUGGUCUCCUGCCCUCUGAAAUCAGAGCAAUAGAUCGUCUCCCGUUCUCUGUUCCAGGGAGAUGUCAUUUCUAUCGAAAUUAGAACCCGUCUGAUUUCCAGAUGAAGUUUUACAAUUGUUUCUUACACUUGUUGCACUAAGUACUUUUUUUUUUAAACCAGAGGUGGCUGACUGUACAGCCUUCAGGCCAUUUUUAAAUCACCCCAACUACCAUGUGGAUCAUGUGACCUGUGCUCAGCAAUAAUCUGUUCUCAGAACAGACCUGGAAAACCACCGCCAGAUUUCUCCACUAGGCUGAAUGAUCCUGAGGACGGACCACUGUCAGCUGGACGCUUGUCCGGCUUUUUACUGUUAACAAGGUGAUGAUGUUACCCUGACAACUUGGAGAAGCGCCCACCCCACUUUUAAUUACAGCCUCUGCCACCUUGCUCAGGACCUCUGCCCCAGCUUAGCAGAGAGGGCUCCGGUCAUUGCCACUGCUUACUCUGAACUUGACCGCAGCCUUCUAAAUUUGUGUCGGGAAGACAUCCUUUGGACCAAAGCGAACCUCUUCACACUCGGCGUGGUUUCUAGGGAGAGAGCCAGCACGGGUUAACCCCCGGCCCGCAGAAGCUGUCGUCACGCGCCGUGUUCCUGCUGGAGAUGGGGACCCAGUGCCCUGGCCUCCAGUAUUUAUUUGGUAAACCUGAGUCCUGGGUACCUUUUUUGUUACUGUUCUCAGAACACUGAACUACUAUCACUUUGAUGUACAGGUUUCAAUAAAGCUUUGUAAAGAUAACAGGACUGCACUUGGGGGCUUGGCUUUGCUUCAC